UUGGACCACGUUGUGUUAACUCCCUGGUGUGUGUUAUGUAUUACAGUGACCACCUUGCGUCAGCGGCUGCUCCAGCCUGACUUCCAGCCUGCCGGAGCCUCUCAGCUCCACCCCAAACACAAACACCUGCUCAUCAAGCGCUCUCUGCGAUGCAGGAAAUGUGAGCACAAUCUGAGCAAGCCAGAAUUCAACCCAACUUCAAUAAAGUUCAAAAUCCAGCUGGUGGCUGUGAGUUACAUCCCUGAAGUCAGAAUAAUGUCCAUUCCAAACCUGCGCUUCCAGAAGGAGUGCCAGGUGCUGCUCACCCUGACCAACCCAGUGGAGAAUAUUACCCACGUCACCCUGGUGGGCUGUGAGGAGGGAGACCCGGAGGACAUCAACACCACUGCUAAGGUGAUGGUUCCUACCAAGGAGUUGGUCCUGGCAGGGAAGGAUGCUGCAGCAGAAUACGACGAGUUGGCUGAGCCUCAGGACUUCCAGGACGACCCAGACGUGGUGGCCUUCAGGAAGUCCAAUAAGAUUGGUUUCUUCAUCAAGGUGGUCCCUCAACGCGAGGAGGACGGUGAUGUCACGGUGUCCUUUAAGAUCCGCCACGACUUCCGCAACUUGGCGGCUCCCAUAAGGCCGAGCGAGGAGGGCGAUGCCCCCACCGAGGCCAUCUGGCUGACACACCACGUAGAGCUCAGCCUGGGGCCGAUCAUAGCGUGAAGAGCUUACACACACACACACACACACACCGAAUACAUAUCUUUUACACACACACACACACACACACACACAUAAGCAGAAACUCAAAAUAUACUAAGUAUACUAAACAUUAAGCUCUUUCCAUGACAGACUGACCAGGUGAAUCCAUGUGAAAGCUAUGAUCCCUUAUUGACUUCAGUCAGUGUAGAUGAAGAGGAGGAGAUGGGUUUAAAGAAGGAUUUUCAAGCCUCGAGACAUGGAUUGUGUAUAUGUGCCAUUCAGAGGGGGAAUGGGCAAGACAACAGAUUUGAAGUGCCUUUUGAACGGGGAAUGGUAGGAGGUGCCAGGCGCACCGGUUUGACUGUGUCAUCAAAUGCAACUUCAACUCUUUUCACACUCAACAGUUUCCCGUGUGUGUAUCAAGAAUGGUCCACCACUCAAAGGACAUCCAGCCAACUGGACACAACUGUGGGAAGCAUUGGAGGCAACA